UUUUCAUUUUUUUUUUUCCUAAGAAUGUUUUCCCUUUUGCCGUCUGCUACUUUUACUAUACUAUUAUUAGAAGUUAGAAGAACCCAAAAACACCCAGAACUAAUGCAUAAAAAUUCUCGAGCCUAUCGUGGAUUUCAUCAAAGCCCAAAAUAGAGAAGCCAAACGGCACGGACCUUGACAGCAUCCAAAUUCAAACAAGGCAAAAUCUUGGCAACCCUUUUUCUGUUGGGGGAAGAAAAUUGCAAUUCCAACAACAUUUCUUCUCUUCAAAACAUCACCAGAGUUGAACGGUUUCCUUAAGUGUUAGUUGUUGACAAGGAAUAUGAGUGCUAAAACAAAGAGGAGGACUGUAACCGAGAAUGGGGACAUGGCAAACGAAGAUAGUGUUCUUGCUACCAUGAUUGGUAAUGGGGAGGAUUUGGGUCCAAUGGUUAGGCUUUCGUUUGAGACGGGGAAGCCUGAAGCCCUUUUGAAUCAGCUAAAGCUUGCUGUGAAGAAGAAGGAAGUUGAAAUCGAGGAGCUCUGCAAGCUUCAUUAUGAGGAGUUCAUUAGCGCGGUGGAUGAACUCCGUGGUGUAUUAGUUGACGCUGAGGAGUUGAAAAGUGAGCUUGCUAGUGACAACUUCAGGUUACAAGAGGUUGGGAGUGCCCUACUUUUGAAAGUUGAAGAGCUUCUUGAAUCUUAUUCAAUUAAGAAAAAUGUUACUGAAGCUAUUAAGAUGUCUAAAAUUUGCGUUCAAGUUUUGGAGCUUUGUGUAAAGUGUAAUGAGCACAUUUCUGAAGCUCGGUUUUACCCUGCUUUGAAAGCGGUUGAUCUGAUUGAGAAGAACUUUUUGCAGCAUGUUCCUGUGAAGGCACUGAAAGCACUGAUAGAGGAGAGGAUUCCACUUAUUAAAUCCCAUAUUGAGAAGAAGGUGUGCACUCAAGUUAAUGAAUGGCUAGUUCUUAUAAGGAGUAGCGCAAAGGAUAUUGGUCAAACUGCAAUUGGACAUGCUGCAUCAGCGCGUCAGAGGGAUGAAGAUAUGCUAUCUCGUCAAAGGAAAGCUGAGGAACAGAGUUGUUUGGGACUGGGCGAUUUUACCUAUACCUUAGAUGUUGAAGAAAUCAAUGAGGAUUCUGUGUUGAAGUUUGAUCUUACUCCUGUUUAUCGGGCAUAUCACAUUCACAAUUGUCUCGGAAUAGAAGAGCAGUUUCGUGAGUAUUACUAUAAAAACCGGUUAUUACAGCUGAGUUCUGACCUGCAGAUAUCCUCAGCACAGCCGUUUCUUGAAUCACAUCAGACCUUUCUGGCUCAAAUUGCAGGUUAUUUUAUCGUUGAGGAUCGGGUAUUGAGGACGGCAGGUGGCCUGCUGUUACCUAAUCAGCUUGAUACAAUGUGGGAAACAGCUGUGUCUAAAGUGGCUUCUGUCUUAGAGGAACAAUUUUCUCACAUGGAUAUUGCAAGCCACCUUCUCUUAGUCAAGGAUUAUGUGACUCUUCUGGGUGCAACCCUUAGACAAUAUGGCUAUGAUGUUGGCCCCAUCCUUGAGACCCUUAACAGUAGUCGCAGUAAGUACCAUGAGCUUCUUUUAGCAGAGUGCAGGCAACAGAUUACUGAUGUUCUGAUCAAUGAUACAUAUGACCAGAUGGUAAUGAAAAAGGAGUCAGACUACCAGACAAAUGUUUUACUGUUCCAUCUUCAGACCUCAGAUAUAAUGCCCGCUUUUCCCUACAUUGCUCCAUUUUCUUCUAUGGUACCUGAAUGUUGUCGUAUUGUCAGAACUUUUAUCAAGGACUCUGUCAAUUUCUUGUCUUAUGGGUGCCAAAUGAACUUCUUUGAUUUUGUUAAAGAAUACCUGGAUAAGCUCUUGAUUGAUAUUUUAAAUGAGGUUAUACUUAACACGAUUCAGAGUGGCUCCACUGGUGUUUCUCAAGCAAUGCAGAUUGCUGCAAACAUAGCUGUGCUGGAAAGAGCUUGUGAUUAUUUUCUUCAACAUGCAGCCCAACAAUGUGGGAUUCCUGUCCGAUCUGUUGAAAGGCCUCAAGGUAGUUUAACUGCCAAGAUUGUUCUGAAAACUUCGAGAGAUGCUGCUUAUCUUGCUCUACUUAGUUUAAUAAAUGCCAAGUUAGAUGAGUAUAUGGCACUCACGGAGAAUGUGAACUGGACAGUGGAAGAAGCACCACAACAAGGCAGUGAGUACAUGCAUGAGGUGGUUAUAUACCUUGACACCGUGAUGUCCACUGCUCAGCAAAUUUUACCUCUAGAUGCUUUGUACAAGAUAGGGAGUGGUGCUCUGGAACAUAUUUCUAAUUCUAUUAUGGCAGCCUUUCUUAGUGACAGUGUGAAGAGGUUCAACGUUAAUGCAGUUAUGGUCAUCAAUAAUGAUCUGAAGACGUUGGAAUCUUUUGCAGAUGAGAGGUUUCAUAGUACUGGUUUAUCUGAAAUAUACAAAGAAGGUAGUUUCCGAAGUUGCUUGGUAGAAGCCCGACAGUUAAUAAAUCUUCUCUUAAGCAGUCAGCCUGAGAGCUUCAUGAACCCUGUCAUAAGGGAGAAAAAUUAUAAUGCUUUGGACUAUAAAAAGGUUGCUAUUAUCUGCGACAAGUACAAGGAUUCAGCUGAUGGACUCUUUGGAAGCCUCUCAAAUAGAUCUUCGAAGCAGAGUGCUCGAAAAAAAUCAAUGGAUGUGCUAAAGAAAAGACUUAGGGAUUUUAAUUAGUUAGUUUUAAACGUCUAUAAAUUGGUAGAGCAGAAAUAUCUGUCAUCAAUAGAUUCUUUCAUUAUCGCUCCUGAUUCGUCACACCCAAAAGAUAAUGGUGUACAUUGAUUUGACUUUUUGCAAAUUUGUCUAAUUAUAUUUUCUUAUAAUCUCUCUCCCUCCCUGUCUAUGUGCGGUGCUAGUGUGUGCCUUAUUAUAACAAAGUGGUAUAGGUGUCUAUGCUACUGUUUAGGGUAGUCUCAAAUUUUUCAGUGGAUGAGAGCAGUUAUGAAGCAAACCAAAGGAUGACAAUGGUUAGUAUUGAACAUAUCCCUAGUGGUUCAAAUAAAUUUCUUGUUCUGACAAUAUUUUGUGAUACUGGUCUCUUGUAAAAGCUAACAAGCUGGCAUCUACUAUAUUUUGCAAGUAAUUGAAAUUUGCAUGCUGCCCACAGGAGUUGCAAAUGCUUGCUUUGUUCCAUAACCUCUAGUUUGAUAUAUAUACUUCAUUGUAGUUUUUGUUUUGCUCACAUAUGAAAAUCUUUUGUUCUCUGUUAAGUUUUUUGUGUUUUUUUGUCUCCUCUUUGACUUCUUUUCUCUCCCCGGGGGUGCUUGAUAUGAGAAAAUCUAUAGGAAAAGAAAAACAAAAAAGAAUUAGCAUUGCUUCUUGAAUAUGUAUUACAACCAUUUGGUUUCCUGGGAGUCAUUUAAUGAUAGAGGAAAAAAAUCCAUGAUAAAAGAUGGAAAAAAUGAAUUGAGUUAUACUACAUGUUACGGCAACUGGAACUAAAUGGUUUUCUUUUCUUCUGUCUUUAAGAGAUGCUAAAAAUAUUUAUUCCAAAUGUUGGUUGAUUAUCCUAGUGGUAAUGAUUACGAUUACCAUGAUUUUCAUCUGGCCAUUAUGGAUGCAAAUUCAUUUUAACUUGUUAUUCCUCCAAAAGAUUGAUCAAUGCAUGAGACCUUUUCAGAGAAACCAUGAGUUUAGUUGUUGAUACUCUCAGAUGCAGACAUGCAUUAAUUAACAGAUGCAUUGCCGUCAGCGUUGGAAACAAAGGAAGUUUUCUUCCAUCUUUCAUGUGGAGUCAUCCACGUGAUUGUUCAUCCUUGCGUGCUCUUUCUGCAGGUGAGAAUAUAUUUGUGCAACCUUCCGAUUUAACAUUCAUCAUACACAGUCUUAGCUUAAAAGAUAUUGAAUUUCUAUGCCUUCCUACAGAGUCUCUUCCUGUGGAGGAUUAAUGUUUUGGCAAUAAUUGCAGACUGAAGUUUGAAGGAACUAUGGAAAAGAAUGAGGUUUUGUUUUUGUUUCUUCAAUAACUCAUAAUUGAAGUCUAAGUGCUCAAUUUCGUAAAAUGUAUUGUGACAUACUGGACCUGAAUUGUCCAGUCGGUCUUUUAGUCUUUGAUCAGAUGAAGUCAUAAUGUGACAUGAAUUAUUAUUAUGUAUUGAUUAGUUCAGGCAAAUUGAAAGUCAUACCAUUAAUUGAGUAUCCAAGAUGAGGCAUUAAGGCUUAAGGACUAAGGAAGUGCUGUUGCUGCUCCUAAUGCAAAGAAAUACUAUGUGAUUACCUCUUUACUCUCUUUCAAAUUAAUCUCUGAUUUUUCAGCAUGACAGGUAUGAAUCUCACGUCUCUGUGGCGCAUACUCGCUUCAUACGGUUAGUCAUCUGCUUAUUCUUCACAAUUUGUCUUGCUGCAUAUGAAGUUGAACAACCCUUGUGUUCUGGUUGUGUCGUUUUAGUGAAAUUAAAUUCACGCUUUGAAAGUACUCACAGAAGGCAAGAGGCAUAAUGCUGUCAUUGUUCCUUUCUGUAUCUCUUUUUUUUUUUUUUCUAGCCAUUGAUGGCUAAGACUGGCAAACAAUUUUCACCCUGGUCAAGUUAAUAGCCAAAACAGUAGAACCUGACACAAUAUCUUCCAUGCCUAUAGCUACCAAUAAAGAAGGAUGUGUUAUGUGUGUUUUGUGUUAAUGAGCGGGGGAAAUCUCACUCUGUUCUUUAAGUUCCAAGAAGUCAUUGGAAUGCUUCAUGAAUAAGUUAUGUGUCUUCCUUUUGGACUUGGCAAAUCAAAAGCUUUGUUGUGGCCCCGCGGUUAAGUACCAGAAGAAUUUCCUUGUUAGCAGGCGUCUUUGUACUGAGGAGUGAGAACUUCCAAAUAAAUGGAGAAAACAAGUAUUUGUUAGAUAGUCUUCUGAAUACUGUCGUCCCUAUGUCAAUUGAUGCAUAUAUUGAUGUAAGUACGCAAAAUCACAGUCUGACUAUCAUCUACUUGAAAUCAUAAUCACUAUGUUUGAAGUACUUAAUGUAAGUUCUGCUACUGAUAAUGGCUUGUUGUAUAGCUAAUUGGCAAAUCUUUGAUUACCACGUUGAAUUUGUGCUUGAAAUAAUGAAACGUGAAAAGCAGAAACAAGUAGUUAGUGGUUGAUUCAGCUGUGGCUAUUUUUCUUUUUUCCUUUUUUUGUCUAUUAUUCAGCUCUGGCUAUUUUCGUUUCUUUCCUUUCUCUUUUCUUUUUAGUUCCACCAUUCUGAGUUUGGAAAAUCAUCGCUGGCUUGAAUAUUUUGGUAGGAAUUGCUGGAUUAAUGUUUUACUAAACUCCUUAACUUUUUGAGAAACCAAACAUAUGAAAUUAGCAACCUGAUUGUUUGGAUAGCAUUUUUCUGAAUUAUGUUAAGUAUUAUACAAUUCAGGUAGCAUUUUUGUACACAAUUCAGAAAGCAUUUUUUCUGGUGACUUGGGCUUGGUGUAAUGAUCAUAUUAAAUUAGCAACCCGAGAAACCAGACAAGUUGCUAUCUACCAACAAAAAACAGAGGACAUGGAGGAAGUAGUAGUAAAAAAGAAUAGGCCUAUAAUGCGGAACUGAUGAAUGAUCCGUCGCAUUUAUUUGUGUGGUGCCUUUUUUAAUUGUAGGUGGAGAAUGCCAGCAUUUGUUGAUAUGCUCUUACUUCUGAACAUUGCUUUACUUUCUCCUCAAAUUUGCAUGGCUGAUUUUAGUUGCUUUAGUUGUAAAUGUCUUUGCAGGCCUCUAAUUGAUUAUUUAGUGUCAUUGAAUGUUAUGCAAUUAAGCAAUUACCACCAGUGGACCAGGUUUGAAUUACGGGUGGCUUUCUUGUGACUGGUGACAAUGAGCCUUGUUUACUAUAUCUAACGCAAUUAUUGCUCUUUUGUGUUUAAGGAGGAACUAUGAGGUCUUCUUCCAUGUGUUUGUGUGGCAGGGUCAUUUUAACCGUCUUGCUUCCACCAUGGGCUGGCAAUGAAUACCAAUAACAUCACUUUGGUACGUAAGUUAAAAAGAAAAAUCAUUUUGGCUUUUUCAGGAACUAAGAUAUCGCAUUCCGUAGUCAUACUUACUUUGCUACAACUUGAGAGGUGGGUACGUAAGUUUCUUCUUCCCUGUGUCAUUUGUUCUAUUCCAACCUGUUAAGCCUAAUACAUGAGAAUUGAUGAAUUAUUUCCCCACGAUCACAAUUGUAGAUUCCAUUCCUCUCCUCUUAUAUAUUUACUAUCCUUAACGAUAUGCUAGGCAGAAUAAAUUGCCAUCAGUUUCAUGAUAUAUAAAUGCAUGAAACAAGGAUUCAAGUUUUACUGAACAAGAAAGAGUUGGGAUUUAUGUUUUAGACUCUUGAACUUCAGUUGAGAAUAGAAAUAACUAGAAACUAUUAUUGGAUGACAAAUACUUUUGUGUGCUGAUCAUCUUUCACCUAGCGUGUUUGCUUUUGAGAAACAAAUUUGAGUCUUCUGCAUGCAUUUGUCUGUUUUACCUCUCCACUUUUCUAAAUUCUUCGUUCUUAGAAUUUCCUGGUGGUGCUAGACACGAAGGUUGAGAAUUCGAUUUUUUUAUUUAAAUGUAGCCUGAUGAUGGUGGGGGAGCAUUUUGUGAGCGGGGAUUUAUUUGGGAUUAAGGGACUCUUGCGAAAAUAUACUCAUUUAUGCUAUGGGAUUACUUGGUGGGACUAAUAUGGUUUGGCCCAAAUUGGUGCCGCCCAAUUCUGUGAUGUAACAUAAAGCCCCGCUUGCGGUACUUUGAACACAUGGAUAUAUUUCAGGUCCACCAUUCAUGUUUUUGCCCUUUUCGAAGGAGGUCCAUCUGCUUUUCUGUAUUUGAAUCCCAAUUAAUCCUAUCUACAUUCCUGCAAUGAGUCAGUCUCUGGACAUAUUCUCAUGCUUCCUAUCAAAUCCAAGAUUCAUCCAUAAUAUUUUUCUUGGGGGCAAGAUUCCUCCGUAAUGUGAGCAAUGAGACUCCAACUCAUCAGAGCCUUUAGCCUUGAAGUGUAUGCACUGGUUUCUGUUAUUUUAUUUUUUUUUUUUGACGAAACGAUAAGAUUUUCCAUUGACUAAAAGGAGUAUACAGGUGCGAGCAAAGGCUCGAGAAACUUUACAAUUAGUGCUCAAUUGCACUGAGGAAAGAAACGUUCCUCAUCCAAAAUAAGUGCUCAAAAUAAGUCCUCAUUCAAUUGCACUGUGAAUUAGUGCUCAAUUGCAGUGGUUUCUGUUAUAUUACAGCAUUCUUUGCC